CAACACAGAUUUUCAUAAAAAUGGCGCUUUCAGUUUUGGAAUUCAAGAAUUUCGAUUUUAUACCAGACGGGUUUCACAGCUUUGAAGAGACUGUUACGUACUGCAAGAAGUUUACUGAAGAAGUGAGAAAUAUUUUAGAGAAGGUCCAAGAUGCACAGGAUCUUUUCCAGACUCUAGUGAUGAUCCUGGAGUAUUUCACUUUGGCAGUAGACAAGUUAGUGAUAUGUAGAGACAGCCAUGAGUUAGUCAGGUUUUUGUUUUUGGAGUGCUGUAAGCCUCUGGUCAGUCUAAAGCUGAGAGAGUGUGAGGAGAAGCUCCAGUUCAGCUUCAAGGUCACUCUGAUCAAGGUCCACGAUGCCGUGGUGACCACCUUGGGGUUCCCAUACUUCUGGCAGCUGUAUGGUAUAGCCAAGGUACCUUGGGAUGACAUGGUGUGUAAGAUGAUGGCAGAGCAGGACUUGGACACAAAAGAAGUUUUCACGUACAUUGGUUCUCAGGACAUGAACCUCAUGCGCCUUCGUGCAGAUGUCAUGCAGAAAAAUGACUGCGAGGCAUACUGCAUGAACCUUUGCACCUGGCUUCUGAAGCACCCCUUCUACCGCAAUGACACCGACUUAAGGGCCAGGCAGCUCAUGUUACUCCAUAAGCUGGGAGAAAAAGAUAAAUUUCAUGUUGAGACAUGGAAAGUGGAUUGCUGUAUGGGCUUGGACAUAGUGAAGAACCAUCCCAUGAUCCGUGAGGAGAGGAAGAUCUUUGUCAGUCUGGUGCAGACAUUCCUUGUACAGGAUUGGGUGAGACCUAAACACAAGUGUUGCACAAAGGAGUUGUUAAGACUGUGGCUCCCCCUUCAGUGGCGAGAUGAUGUUGUGAAGGUGGUGUUUGAGGAGGGGGUGAUGAAGCUGGUGGAGCUGGCUGUGAAUACCACUCAGGUUAUGUACCUGGUGGAGAUGCUGCAGGAAGUGUUUGGAAAACAGUUCCACAGUCUUUGUUUCAAAAUCUGCUCCAUCCGUCUGCAAGCAGAAAAAUUAGCUCUGGAGGAGGCAAAAGACCAGAAGAAAAUAGAAAAAUCUGAGCAAGCCACUAGCAGCCUGAGUUAUGUUUGUCAGGUGGUGUCCGCAUUACAAGAUGGCUGCUGGAUGAAGAAGGUUAGCCUUCUCACUUCACUUUCUCUAGCACCAACUGAGGAGACUUUCCACCUGCUCCGAAAGGUUUCAUGGCUUUGUGACCAAGAAUGUGAUCAAAGGGAAGGAUAUGAAGAGCACAAUGAGGGUUGUAUAGAGCUUGAUAGUAAUAAUGAAGACCAUGUAGUAUCAAGCCCAGAUGUCCAAAUUUCUCAUGGUAAGCAAACACAAUCAUCAGGUGGUGGGUCACAGCUAAAUAUGACACUAGCCUUGAAUAAAGGAAAUCCAGUUCUCACAAAUAUGGGUCAUGGUGACCCAGACACCACUGCCACAGGUCAAACUCUUGGAACUUGCAGCUGGUCUCAUCUGAGGAACUCUCCUGAAGACUGUUUGAAUAUUUUGGGCAACUGGGAGAGAAGCAAACAUGGUCUUGACAUCACAAAACAAAGCGGAGCACAUCAUGAAGACCAAGAUAUGGAUAGUUCCAAUAAACAUGCUCCAGAGAUGGAUGAAGAAAACCAAGGACGUCAGCACUCGCAAAUUGAAGCAGGCGUGCAGGAUGGGGUGGAGAGAAUGAACAAGUUCCAAGACAAACUCCUAGGCAACAGAGGGCGCAUCCCAGGGCCAUUGUUCCAAGAGGUCAUUGAUCUGUUGUCCAGUAUUAGGGACCAGUCGCUUGACCCUAGCCUGUCAUGGCCAGAUCUCCAAACCAGCGUACUAACCUAUAUGCAGAAAGCAGGUCUCUAUUAUGAUAGCCAGUCUGGUGAGUUCCUAUGUAACAUACAACCUGUGGUGAGAGUGGAAAGGUUAAAGGAAAGGUCUCAGUCCCAUGAACCCAAUACUGCCAGUAGUGAAGGAGAUGGUGAUGAAGAGGAUGCUGAUGAUGAUUACAGAACAAGAUGGCCGCGGGUGAUCAAUGGAUUUGUAACCCCCUAUGUAUCAGAUGUUGUGAGACAGGACAGAUUUGUUAAGACUGUGGCUCCCCCUUCAGUGGCGAGAUGA